GCAAGUCACCAUAGGCGGUUCAGAGACGGUUCGUGUCUUUGCCGAUUCCAUUGAGGCAAAUAUGUGCUGACAAUCGCUAGCUGCACUUCCACCAGGCUCCUCAUCCUCACCGCAUCGCAGCAAGUUCGACGCCUCUCGGAUAGUCGGAUCGCCGACACCGUGGAUGGAGCGGACUGCUCCUUUCCUUGAUGAGCGAUGCCGCCAGGUCCUUCCUCCGAAGUGCGCUGCCGCGCGUCCUUCCUCAAACGAGCGCCGCCGUCACCUUCCUCCGACGAGCGCCGUCGUCGCCUUCCUUCGACUCGGGACCGCCUCCUCCUUCCGACAAGUCGCCAAUCUGCCGCUCCGAGCUGAUUCUCUACCCAGUGCUUAAAACUCUAAUAGUGAUAAAUCUUGACCUGGUGAUUGAUGGCCUCAUGCUAUACCGGUACCACUCCACAAUAUGGCGAGGAUCUGACACCGUCUCCCUUUGGACUCCAGCUACGCCAUCUGUUAGGAGGCCACAAGAUUUGAGCCAGCUGAUUGAUUUUUGUAUUGUGUUGAGCAUCUCGACGCAAGAUCUGAUGCGAGAAGCCGCAGGGAACCUACAAUAGCCCUCAUUAUGGUUUGUACUUCCACAUGAUUCUAAGUAUUAUUUUUCUAAUGGUACGACAUUAAGUCGAUACAUUGGCAGCAGUUCGGUAAUGUUUGUAUCUGUUUUUUAAUAUCCUGUGCUGCAGCUAUGUGCGCUGUUAAUCCGCAUAUACCUUAUUUUCCAAUAGCUAUUUAUUCUUUGUUAUAAGAUUAGGGUUCAUCAAUGUUGCUUUGCCGCCGAUGGAAAAAAAUCUAGAAUCAUCAGAGUGGUGUAUUUUGUUGAGUGGCCGAGCAACAGAAGGGUGCCUACUAUUGUGGCUAUACUACCUCUGACUAGAAAAGGAUGCAGCAAAUUUGUAAGCUCAUAACACACAAACCGUGGGUAAUGAAUGAUUUGUAGGACUUGUUCCCCUGAUUGUGAUAUAAUAAGCACUAUAUUUGCAUAACAAGAGCUUUUGCUGUAAGAUUAUUGUCCAGACUAUAGCACCAAAAUGAAAUUGGUGUCGUUUUCCAGAUAAAAGUGGUACAGUUUUUUUUU